CGUAUAGCUGGCUAGCUAGUGGGAGUGAUUGCCAAUUGUCAUUGUUUUAGAUUCAUCUUUGUGUCCGUAUUUUUAUAGUAAUUAGCUAGCGACAUGCCCGGAAUUGAUAAACUGCCGAUAGAAGAAACGUUGGAGGACAGUCCACAGACACGAUCCCUACUGGGUGUGUUUGAGGAAGAUGCGGCUGCCAUCUCCAGCUAUUCAAACCAGCUCUUCCAGGCCAUGCAGAGAAUCUACGAUGCACAGAAUGAACUCAGUGCAGCCACCCACCUGACCUCCAAGCUGCUGAAGGAGUAUGAGAAGCAGCGGUUCCCCCUCGGGGGCGACGACGAGGUCAUGAGCUCCACUCUGCAGCAGUUUGCCAAAGUCAUUGACGAGCUGAGCUCGUGUCACGCUGUCCUGUCAACACAGCUUGCAGACGCCAUGAUGUUCCCCAUCACCCAGUUCAAGGAGAGGGACUUAAAAGAGAUACUGACGUUGAAGGAGGUGUUCCAGAUUGCCAGCGAUGAUCACGACAUGGCCAUCAACAGAUACAGCAGGCUGUCCAAAAAAAGGGAUAAUGAGAAGGUGAGGUUGGAGGUGAUGGAGGACGUCUACACCUCCAGGAAGAAGCAGCACCAGACCAUGAUGCACUACUUCACAGCGCUCAACACUCUGCAGUACAAGAAGAAGAUUGCCCUGCUCGAGCCCCUGCUGGGGUACAUGCAGGCUCAGAUCAGUUUCUUCAAGCUGGGCUCCGAGAACCUUACCCAGCAGUGGGAGGACUUCCUGUCAACUAUUGGCACCAGUGUGCAGAACGUCCGCAGGGAGAUGGACGGGGAGGUGGAUGCAAUGCAGCAGACCAUCCAGGACCUGGAGCAGGCCAGCGACCUGCUGUACAUGCCCGACCCUGACCCCAGCAAGGUCCCCAUCAACCGUAACCUGACCCGCAAGGCCGGCUACCUGAACACUCGCAAUAAAACGGGCCUAGUGUCGUCCUCCUGGGACCGGCAGUACUUCUUCACCCAGGGAGGGAACCUGAUGAGCCAGGCGCGGGGGGACGUGGCUGGGGGGCUGGUCAUGGACAUCGAUAACUGCUCCGUGAUGGCGGUGGACUGCGAGGACCGGCGCUUCUGCUUCCAGAUCACCUCCUUCGACGGAAAGAAAGUGGCAGUUUUGCAGGCAGAAAGCCGGAAGGACUGCGAGGAGUGGAUUUCAACAAUUAAUAACAUCUCCAAGCGGAUCUAUCUCAGCGAUAACCCAGAGGAAAUUGCUGCCAGAGUGAACCAGUCAGCCCUGGAGGCUGUGACGCCCUCCCCCUCUUUCCAGCAGAGGCACGAGAGCUUGAGGCCGAGCGUAGGCCGCCCCAAAGCCGGCCGGACCAGCAGCCAGAGCUCGGUGGGCUCAGAAUCGCCCGCCCUCUCCUCCCUCACCCUGGACGCCCUGGUGGCCCCUGACACGCCCAUCCAGUUUGACAUCAUCUCGCCCGUCAGCGAGGAGUAUGCCGGCCAGACCAAGAGCACCGGGCAGGGUGGCAGAAGGACAAACCCAUUUGGGGAGUCUGGUGAAAUGCAGUCUGAGGACAGUGAAGACUCCAUCCUGCACCAGCUCUACAUCGUGCGUUUCCUGGGCUGCAUGGAAGUGCGGGCCACCGAGAGCGCUGACGUCAUCUACGAGACCAUGCGGCAAAUCCUGGCCGCUAGAGCCAUCCACAACAUCUUCCGCAUGACGGAGUCCCACCUGCUGGUCACCUGUGACUGCCUCAAGCUCAUUGAUCCACAGACGCAGGUCACACGGCUGAGGUUCCCCCUCUCCAGCGUGAUGCUGUGUGCUUCACACCAGGAGAACAAGCGGCUCUUCGGCUUCGUCCUGCAGACCGCCGGGGGCCGGGCCGACGGCCAGCCCGGCACUGUCUGCUACAUCUUUGAGUCCAACAACGAUGGGGAGAAGAUUUGUGACAGCGUGGGCCUGGCAAAACAGAUUGCCUUCCACUCAGAAAUGGAUCGGAGGGCCACAGAGAAGCAGAAGGAGCUGGAGAAGGCGAAGGAGAAACAGCAGGAGGAGCUGAACAAACAGAAGCAGAUAGAGAAGGACUUGGAAGAACAAAGCCGCUUGAUAGCGGCUUCCAGUCGCCCAAACCCACCCCCCGCUGACGGACAGUUCCUCGUUUUGAGCAACAGCCAAUCGGAGGACAGUGAUGCGGGAGAGGAGGGUCGAAAGAAGGGAGAGUCGGAGGCCUGAGUGGCCCCGGGGUGAGCUGUGGCAGGAGGUGUCAGCCCUGUCCUCACCCCGCCCUCUGGACUGCUGUGCUGCCCCCUCACAGAGCUCUCUCUGUAACUCCCCGCUGACCCUCAGAGGGGACGAGAGGAAGGCCACCUACCCAAAAAAAAAAAAACAAAACAAA